AUGGCUGGUGCGCGAGUGAUGGGCUACUUCUACAUGCUGGUCAGCACCACGAGCUUCACGGGCAUGGCCGUCAUAUCAAAAAUAAUCGGAUCACGUGCGUCGACGGAAGAGAAGCUGUUUUGGAGAUCGUUGCUGUCUAUUCUCUUCACGAUAACUGGUGCACUAGCAAGUGCGGAUACUCUGCAGUGGCCGAAGCAUCCUUGGCUUCUGUUGCUGCGGGGCUUCUGCGGCCACAUCGCUCUGCUGGCCUACCUCGAAGCAAUCGAGUUAACACCGCUUGCGGAGGCAGUGUUCCUCGGCAAGGUGCAUCCGACCUCUGCGUCGCUGCUGUCCUGGGCGUUCCUGGGUGAACGACUGAGCAGCAUCCGUGGGAUCAGCAUCGGGGUCUCCAUCUUGGGCGUGGGGCUCAUUGCCAAGCCGUCUUGGGAGGGCCUGGUGUCUGGGACGCUGCUGGGUCCAACCCUGGCCUUGCUCGCAGGAUGCCUUUCAGGUGCGGCUUACUGCUGUGUUAGAUCCCUCGGGCGCAGCCAGGAGGGCGAGAUGUGGACUUUGCUGGCUCUUCCUGUGGUCUCGCUUCCCUUCUGCUGCAAGGAUGCAUGGUUUGGCCUCCAGGAAGGCCGCGAGCCGGCAGUUUGGGUCUGGCUGCUGGCGCUCGGAGUCUGCACCCAGCUGGGCCAGAUCUUUCUGGCCCGGGGCCUGACACGCCUGCCCGCUGCUUCGGGGACGCAGGCGCCUUGGGAGGUCGAAAACUCCUGA